AGAGAAAGAAUGAAAGGUUGACCCUUUUUCUUAAAAGUAGCCUCUUUUCAUGUUCUUGACACUGCAAAAAAACUUGGGUUUGCUCUGAAGGCUCUAAUUGUAGUAGUUCUUACUUAAUUUAGGGUUUUAGGGUUCUCAUUUCUCUUAUUGUUCUUAGUUUUUUUUUCUUUUUGUAAUUCUUUUUGCCUUUGGGAUUAAAAGUUUAAAGCUUGAAAUGGAUGGGGAGGAGUUGACAGAGCAGGAGACUGCCCUUUAUGAUAGGCAAAUUAGGGUUUGGGGUGCUGAUGCUCAAAGAAGACUAAGCAAAUCUCACAUUCUAGUCUGUGGACUGAAAGGAACUGUUGCUGAGUUUUGCAAGAAUAUUGUACUGGCAGGAGUUGGUAGUGUGACAUUGGUGGAUGAUCGUGUCGUUACCGAUGAGUCUUUACCUGCGAAUUUUUUGAUAUUGCCUCAUGAAAAUCACUACAACGGGAAAACUCUGGCUGAGGUUUGCUGUGAUUCUUUGAAAGAAUUCAACCCCAUGGUUGAUGUUGCUGUGGAAACAGGCGAUAUAUCAACAUUUGGUGUCGAGUUCUUUGAAAAGUUUGAUGCUGUGAUCAUCAGUUGUUGCUCUCUUGGAAAAAAGAAAUUGAUCAAUCAAAAGUGUCGGAAAUUAUCAAAGCGUGUAGCAUUUUAUACAGUUGAGUGUAGAGGCUCUUGUGGUGAAAUGUUCGUUGAUUUACAGGACUAUAAAUAUUCAAAGAAAAAGCUCGAGGAAACCAUUGAAUGCCAGAUAGAAUACCCUAGCUUUGAGGAAGCCAUUUCAGUACCUUGGAGAGCACUUCCGAGGAGAGUGUCAAAGCUUUACUUUGCUAUGAGAGUGAUAGAGCAGUUUGAAGAUGUUGAAGGUCGUAAUCCCGGAGAAACCUCCAUUGCUGAUCGUCUAGGUGUUUUGAAGCUCAGAAAGGAACUUUGUGAAACAAAUUCACUGGACGAGUCUCAAAUACCCGAUGCACUUCUAGAAAGACUUCUAACAGAUACAAGGGAGUUCCCUCCAGUUUGUGCCAUCAUUGGAGGAAUACUUGGACAGGAGGUGAUCAAAGCAAUAUCAGGCAAAGGGGAUCCACUCAAGAAUUUCUUCUUCUUUGAUGCCAUGGAUGGGAAGGGCUUGAUAGAGGAUAUAUCAGGGCCCAGCACUAGAAGCUGAGCAGAGCAGGCUUUGAUGCUGUUAAAGCUUUUUAUAGGAUCACCUAAUGUUAUUGUUGCCUAAAACUGAAAUUCUGGAAAAACGAAACUUGAGAACUUGUAAUCAUUUUUGAAGAAUUGGGAGCCAACACUGUUGCUAAUGAAUCAUAAUUUGUGAUUCUCAAGAAAUGCUUCGAUUAAAA